AUGGGAGACAGUUUCUUGCACCUGGGGGACAUCGUGUCCCUGUACGCGGAGGGCUCCGUAGCAGGAUUCCUGAGUACCUUAGGGUUGGUAGAUGACAGGUGCGUUGUAUGCCCCGAGGCAGGCGACCUGACUGAUCCGCCCAAAAAGUUCCGAGAUUGCCUGUUCAAGAUAUGCCCUAUGAACCGCUACUCAGCUCAGAAGCAGUUCUGGAACACCGCCAAGCAGUCCGCUAACGCAAGCGCGGAUACUGACACCGGACUGUUAAAGAGGUUGCACCAUGCAGCAGAGAUAGAGAAGAAACAGAACGAUUUGGAGAAUAAAAAGCUGUUGGGUACCGUUGUGCAGUACGGUAGCGUGGUACAGCUGUUACAUGUUAAGUCCAACAAGUACUUGACUGUGAACAAAAGAUUGCCGGCGUUGCUAGAGAAAAAUGCAAUGCGAGUGCAUCUUGACGCGAACGGUAACGAAGGAUCAUGGUUCUACGUCAUACCGUUCUAUAAACUGCGAUCCACGGGUGACAACGUGGUGGUAGGUGAUAAGGUAAUCCUGAACCCCGUGAACGCGGGGCAGCAGGUGUUACACGUGUCAUCUCACCACGAGCUACCCGACAACGCUGGAUGUAUGGAGGUGAAUGUUGUUAAUUCAUCAACGUCGUGGAAGGUGACUCUGUUUUUGGAGCACAAGGAGAAUCAAGAGGAGAUGCUGAAGGGAGGUGACGUGGUGCGGCUCUUCCACGCUGAACAAGAGAAGUUCCUCACUAUGGACGAAUAUAGAAGGAGACAUCACGUGUUCCUCAGAACUACUGGAAGGUCGAGUGCUACAGCUGCGACUAGUAGUAAGGCGCUGUGGGAAAUUGAGGUGGUUCAACAUGACCCGUGUCGCGGUGGAGCUGGUCAUUGGAAUUCCAUCUUCCGGUUCAAACACCUCGCUACAGGACACUACUUGGCUGCGGAGGCCUGUACUAAACUAGUGGAGGGUGCUAUAGACCCGGACGCGGAGGGCGAGCCAGCGUACCAGCUGGUAUCAGUUCCACAUUCAUCUGAGAUCGCCACGCUGUUCGAGUUAGACCCUACUACUAUGACGCACUCCGACGCCCCCGUACCACAAAGCAGCUAUGUCAGAUUACAACAUCUAUGCACUCACACAUGGGUCCAUUCAACAUCGAUACCCAUUGAUAAGGAGGAAGAGAAACCUGUUAUGUCAAAGGUGGGUUGUUCUAUAGUGAAGGAGGACAAGGAAGCCUUCGCCCUCAUAUCAGUUUCGCCCAGCGAGGUCCGAGACCUGGACUUCGCUAACGACGCCUGCAAGGUCCUCUCAGCACUCUCCACCAAACUACACCAUGGGAACAUCGAGCCCAACGAAAUGAAAGCCCUAACGAGUCUCCUCCAGGACAUAGUUUACUUUAUAGCUGGUUUUGAAAACGAACCCAACAAGUCGAAAGCCCUCGAACUUGUUGUAGAGAAUCCCAACAGAGACAGACAGAAACUGUUGAGGGAGCAGUACAUACUGAGACAACUGUUCAUGAUACUGCAGAGUCCGUUUCAAGAAUCACCUAAAGGUGAACCAUUCCUUAAGAUCGAGGAGCUGUAUGAUCCACGGUACGCGCCUUACAAAUUCAUCUUCAGACUCUGCUACCGUAUACUGAGACUUAGUCAACAAGAUUACAGGAAAAACCAAGAAUACAUUGCGAAGCACUUCAGCUUCAUGCAGAAGCAGAUCGGCUACGACAUACUGGCUGAAGACACGAUAACAGCACUGUUACACAACAACAGGAAGCUGUUGGAGAAACACAUCACGGCCUCCGAGAUAGAGACCUUUGUUGGUCUAGUCCGUAAGAACAUGAAGACCUGGCAGUCUCGCUUCCUGGACUACCUCAGUGACCUGUGCAUCUCCAACAAGAAGGCCAUCGCUGUCACACAGGAACUCAUCUGCAAGAGUGUGUUGUGUGUUAACAAUGCUGAUAUACUCAUAGAGACCAGGUUAGUGCCAGAUGACUCGAGCGACGGAGACGGUGGGGAAGUGAUGCUGUACUGGAAUAAUAAACAGGAGUGUCGGUCACUGAACUCGUUGGCUGAACAAGCAUCAGACCCCCGUAGUGAAGCGGCCGCUAUUUUAGACUACUACCGACAUCAACUCGACCUGUUCUCGAACAUGUGUCUCAACAGACAGUACCUGGCAUUGAACAGUCUAUCACACCAACUGCACAUUGAUCUUAUACUCAAAUGCAUGUCCAACCCCGUGUUGUCUCACGAGGUCCGCGCGUCCUUCUGCCGCCUCAUGCUGCACCUACACGUGGACCGCGACCCUCAGGAGCCAGUCACGCCCGUCAAGUACGCGAGGCUGUGGGCAGAGGUCGCUGCCACCAUACGAGUGAACGACUAUCAAUGCGUGAAAGGCGGUCAGGACGCGACCAGGGAAAAAGUGAAGAAGCAGUUCGAGUCAACGAUAGACUUCGUUGAGGACUACUUGUGUAAAGACGUGACUAGAACGUGGUACUUGAGCGACCACGACCAGAAUAAACUGACCUUUGAGGUCGUUAAACUGGCUAGAGAAUUGAUAUACUUUGGGUUUUAUAGCUUCAGCGAUCUUCUUCGGCUGACGAAAACCCUAUUAAGUAUUCUUGACUGUGUGACUGCGAUCGAUCUACUGAACGAAACGAACGCGCUCGCUGGAGAAGUUGAAUCUGAGGAAAAUGAAAAGAAGAUCUCGGAGGGGGGAGUUCUCCGGAGUAUUGGCGACAUGGGAGCAGUCAUGACCUCCAUCACACUCGGACCUGGAGCAUUAAAUCAGGUGGUGGGCGGAGGGCCGGCGAGGAGUCCGUCAGCCUUGGCCCUGGCUCGAAAACAUCCACUAGUGAUGGAGACCAAACUGAAGAUUAUAGAAAUACUGCAGUUUAUCCUGGACGUUCGUUUGGACUACCGCAUCAGCUGUCUCCUGUCGAUCUUCAAGAAGGCCUUCGAGACCUCGUCUCCGGACGCUCUCGGUCGAGUGGACGUGGAGGCCAUAGGACUACAGGCCGAGGGGAUCUUCAGCUGUCGAGCAAUUCAGACUGUGCCUGACAACUGUCUUCCAAAAAAUGUAGAUUUAGACGGUUUAGACCUGGAUGCUUGCGGCGGUCGUAUGGUGUUGAGAGUUCUGCUGCAGCUGUGUUCCCAGGGUGCUUCGGCCAGUCUCGUCUCAGGAGCCCUAGCGCUGCUAUUCCGUCAUUUCAGUCAGAGACAAGAAGUUUUGGCUGCUUUUAAGCAGGUCCAACUGUUAGUGUCUGACGCAGACGUGGAGUCCUACAAACAGAUCAAGGCCGACCUGGACAUACUGAGACAGAGCGUUGAGAAGUCAGAACUAUGGGUGUUUAAUAAGGGACGCGCCGGGAUUAUAGAUGAUCACAGCGACAUAAAAGGCGCUGUUGGUCCCGGCGGAGCAGUGUUGGAACGAAACGCGUCCUUAGACAACGUGCGAGCCCCGAGAGGAGAUCGACAGGAAUACGAUAAGAUUAAAGAGAUCCUGGAACGAAUGAUCAAGUACUGCACCCAGGGCAACACAGCAAGGGAGGGGGGCGACUCGAGACCGCGGAGACACGAACAGAGACUGCUGAGGAAUAUAGGAGUACAUAAUGUAGUGCUGGACCUGCUGCAGGUGCCACACGAUGAGGACGACGCAGCUAUGGACGAGCUGCUGGACCUGGCGCACGAGUUCCUCCAGCACUUCUGUCACGGGAACACACAGAACCAGGCCAUACUACACAAACACCUGGACCUGUUCCUCAAUGCUGGAAUCCGAGAAGCCCAAACCGUGUGCUCGAUAUUUGAAGAGAACGCAGCUCUGUGUGCUCACGAAGGGAACGAGAAGGUCGCCGCGCACUUCGUACACUGUAUCGAAUCCCGCGGACGAAGACCCGCCUACCUCAAGUUUUUGAGAACUAUAGUACGAGCGGGACCACACCACAUACGGAGGAGCCAGGACCUGGUCAUGCAAGAAAUGGUGAAUGCCGGCGAGGACGUGCUGGUGUUCUACAAUGAUAAAGUACUCUUCAACUACUUCAUCAAAAUGAUGAGAGAGUACAAACAGACGGGAGAGAUGCCUGAAGCUCUCACGUACCAUAUAGACCUCAUAAAGCUGUUAACGUGCUGUACCCUCGGGAAGAACGUGUACACGGAGAUCAAGUGUCACAGUCUGCUGCCACUAGACGACAUAGUGGCCAUGAUCACACACCCUGACUGUAUACCAGAGGUAAAAGAGGCGUACGUGGGCUUCCUGAACCACUGCUACAUAGACACGGAGGUGGAGAUGAAGGAGAUCUACUCCAGCAACUACAUGUGGGACCUGUUCGAGCUGUCCUUCUUGCAGGACAUGCUGGCCAUACUGCAGCCGCACGCCGCCCUGCCCGCGCCCGGUCCGUCGUCGUCGCCGGUCCGCCCGUCGGCCAGCUCCAAGCAGGCGUGGGUGAACUACGUGACGGACGUCCUCAUGCACACUAUAUGCACGUUCUUCAACUCUCCCUUCAGUGACCAGAGCACCACAGUACAGGUUACACAAGAACAGAAAUCCAAAAUCAAUACGGUGUUAGUAACAUCUGUACCGCCCUAUAUAGCUGUUUCGAUCUUCGUGAAGCUGCUCCAGACCACGUUCCGCAUCUACCAGUGUCCGUGGCUCACUCCGCCGCAGAAACUCAACGUAGAGAAGUGUAUACGGACGCUCAGUGAAGUCGCUAAAAGCCGAAGUAUAGCGAUCCCGCUCGAACUAGAGGCUAAGAUACAGACGGUGUUCGAGAAGGCCGCGGCCCUGUCGCGACAGACGAGCAAGUGGCUGCUGGCUUCAAAGAGUUCUAAGCUGGAGAAAAUGGCGUCACAGUCUAACCUGCAGAAUGACCGAUCUGUGAUGGAAGGUCUACAAGAAAUCGUCGCACUCCUGGAAGAACAGUUACGACCUUUAUUACAAGCUGAGCAAUCACUACUAGUGGACAUACUGUACAAGCCUCACAGACUGUUCACGAGCCCGGGAGAACUCACGCAUCCUGAUACUAGCGGGAUAUUUAUAUCCAGAUUGAUUCGUCAUACAGAGAAACUUCUAGAAGAAAAAGAAGAGAAGUUAUGUGUGAAAGUGUUGCGGACCUUACGAGAGAUGAUGGCCACCGACCCUGAGUACGGGGAAAAGGGUAACCAGUUACGUAGUAAGUUGUUGUCCCAAUACUUCGUCCGUCGCCGCAGCGAGCCUCGGCCGAGCAGCACGCCGCCCGUCGCUCACGGACCUGGCGCUGGUACAGUACCGAGCCAGCUGAACAGAGCCAAGGUGUUGCUGCGGACGGGUCAGUCCCUGGCUCAGGUGCAAGAGCAUCUUGACAGAGAAGGAGCCUCUGAUUUGGUGGUGGAACUAGUCAUGAACUCCAUCAACAGACCCGCGAUCUUCCUUGAAGCCAUACAGCUCGGUAUCGCACUUCUGGAAGGAGGUAAUCCCAUAAUCCAGAACAGUAUAUUCACCAAGCUGCAGAACGGAGAGAUAUCGCAAGCGUUCCUGAAGGUGUUCUACGACAAGAUGAGGGAGGCGCAGCAGGAGAUACGGUCACUGGCUGUGUCUAGUACUACGACCACUACUACCAGCGACAAGAGGAGCUCCACCGACAAACAGAAGACUACCAGCGACGUGAAGGGCGCGUGUCAGCCGGUGGUGGGCGAGGACAUGGACGAAGAGGUGGCCAGCGCCUGCGGCAGCGCCGUACACGCUUACUCUGACGUACACACCAUGUCGCAUGGUACAACAGUGCUUGAAGAAAUUAUGGCGGAGAAGAAACGCGAGGCGGGGAACACGGACGUACUUCCCGCUAAGGUGGCUGUCAUGACGCCUAUAUUGAGGUUCCUGCAGCUACUGUGUGAGAACCACAACCCUGACCUACAGAAUCUACUCCGCAAUCAAAACAACAAAUCAAACUACAACUUAGUGUCUGAAACACUAAUGUUCCUGGAUUGUAUCUGCGGGUCAACGACCGGUGGUCUUGGCCUGCUCGGUCUAUACAUCAACGAAGGGAACGUGGCCCUUAUCAACCAAACAUUGGAGACCCUCACUGAGUACUGUCAGGGUCCAUGCCACGAAAACCAAAACUGCAUAGCUACCCACGAAAGCAACGGUCUGGACAUUAUAACGGCUUUGAUACUGAACGACAUCAACCCGCUGGGUAGGACGCGCAUGGACCUGGUGUUGGAGCUCAAGAACAACGCCUCCAAGCUGCUGCUGGCCAUCAUGGAGUCCAGGAACGACUCGGAGAACAACGCCGAGAGGAUCCUCUACAACAUGAACCCCAAGCAGCUGGUAGAUGUCGCCUGUUCCGCUUUUCACCAGGAGAACUCCUUGGACGCCGACUCCGAGUGUGAGGAGGACGCGCCCGUCCAGGGAGUGUCCCCUAAGGAGGUGGGACACAACAUCUACAUUCUGUGUCAUCAGCUGGCCGCCCACAACAAGGAGCUGGCGGCGCUGGUCCGAGCCUCGCCCACUGGCCCAGCCGCGCCCGCGCUGCAGUACUACCGCACGCAUACUGCGCAGAUCGAGAUAGUGCGCACGGAUCGCAACAUGGAGCAGAUCGUGUUCCCCAUCCCGGAGAUCUGCGAGUACCUGCCGGCGGACAGCAAGCACCGCGUGCUGCAGACGGCCGAGAGAGAUGACCAGGGCAGCAAGGUGGCGGACUUCUUCAGCAGGCUCGACAACCUGUUCCACGAGAUGAAGUGGCAGAAGAAACUCAGAGGUCAACCGUUCCUGUUCUGGGUGUCGUCCUAUAUGUCUCUAUGGAGCAACAUAUUAUUCAACUUUGCAGUAUUAAUUAAUGUCAUCGUUGCUUUCUUUUAUCCAUUUCCCGAGGAAAAUCCGAAGCUGGGCCCCCACUUGUCGCUGGUGGUGUGGGCGGCGGCGCUGGCUGCGGGCGCCCUAGUCACGUGGCUGCCGCGCGGCUCGGGGGCGAGGGCGCUGCUCGCUACCGGCAUCGUCAGGCUCAUCUUCACCGCUGGGCCCGAGCCCACGCUGUGGACGCUGGGCAUGCUCACUAUCGUGGUGAAGGGCAUCCACCUGGUGAGCAUCAUGGGUAACCAGGGCACCCUGUCCAAGUCCACUCGCCACGUCAUCACAGACCCUGAGCUACUCUACCACGGGGUGUAUCUCGGCUUCUGUUUCCUUGGAAUUUGUUGCCAUCCAUUCUUCUUUUCCGUUCUGUUACUAGACAUAGUGUACCGCGAGGAGACGUUGUUGAACGUGAUGAGAUCUGUGACUCGCAACGGCCGGUCGAUCCUGCUGACGGCCGUGCUGGCGCUGGUCCUUGUCUAUAUGUUCUCCAUCGUAGGCUACAUGUUCUUCAGGGACCACUUCCUCGUCAACGUGGACAGGCUGGACGAUGAUGACGAUCCUCGAUACGAGAGCGAGGCCUGUUCGGGCGAGUCUUGUCGCGCGGGGCCCGACCCCGCCGCCAAGUACCUCCGCGGGCCCCGCUUCGUGUCGGUGGGGGGCGGCCUCCGGGAGAGGAGCUGUGACUCACUCAUCAUGUGUAUAGUGACCACGCUCAACCAGGGGCUGCGGAACGGAGGGGGCAUCGGGGACAUACUGCGGGCGCCGGCUAGCUUUGAGCCGUUGUUCGUGGCGCGCGUGGUGUACGACCUGCUGUUCUUCUUCGUGGUCAUCAUCAUCGUCCUCAACCUCAUCUUCGGUGUGAUCAUCGACACAUUCGCGGAUCUACGUAGCGAGAAACAACAGAAAGAACUUAUAUUGAAAAAUACCUGUUUCAUAUGUGGGUUGAACAGGUCAGCCUUUGACAACAAAACGGUCUCAUUCGAGGAGCACAUCAAGAGCGAGCACAACAUGUGGCACUACCUCUACUUCAUGGUGCUGGUGAGGGUCAAGGACCCCACAGAGUUCACCGGCCCCGAGAGCUACGUGCACUCCAUGAUCAAGAACAACGACCUGGAGUGGUUCCCGCGGCUCCGGGCGCUGUCCCUGGUGGGGGGCGGCGAGGGGGAGGGGGGAGAGCUCGAGCUGCGCAACCUGCACCUGCAGCUGGAGCGGGCACAGGUCGCCGUGCGGGCGCUGUCCGACCUACUGACGGACCUGCGGGACCAGAUGACGGAGCAACGUAAGCAGAAACAACGCAUCGGGCUGUUGAACUCGACCUCGGCGUAUCUACAGAACCUGCAGAUGAACCUGCCGCCGUGA